AUGAGCGUGUGGUUUAUCACCCCGUCUUCGCCGCCGCCCCUGGCGCGGCUGGCGAAUGACAGUGCCAGCUCCCGCCGCGACCUUCACAUGGAAAACCUCAUCGACUCCGUGUUCAAGCAACGAGAAUGCAAGGCACACAAUCGUCCCAUCUGCCCAGAGUGUGAAUUCGGCUGCAAAAAAUGUAGCCAAUACCAGGUGCAGGCCACCCACGAGGCCCCCGAGGUCAAUGGAAACUCGACCAACCACGAGACUGAAGCAAUCAUCACAAGCCUCGAAGCUGAGGAAGGCGAGCAAAUAUUCGUAACCACCGAUACCACCGAUGCGGUUCCCUUCUCCUGGUCCCACCGAGAUAUCGACGACAGCCGCCUCGAGUCCCUCACUCGUGCGACCGAGUUUGACGAACUGAUGUCCAUUUCGUGCACUUUCAAGUGGGAUCCCCGAUUCAUCCCUCAGUGGGACGAGCAAGUCCAGGGGGUGAAGGUCUGGGACGAGGCCGACAAGUUCCGUUAUAUCAAAUUCAAGGCUCCCACCCCGCUGGCCCCCGACAAGAUUAGGUUGAACUACUGCGAGCAUUGCCAACUGACUUGGCUGACCGGUACCCUUGAUGAGCAUGCCCAAUGCCAUCCCGCACACGAUACCCUCAGUGUGGCCGAAGCCAGCCCGCGCCUCCUUGAGCAGAGGUCCAUCAUUGUCUACAUCGACGGAGAGAAAGGAGUUGAGCACAACGAACAAGGCAGUGGCAUCGCACGACUGGGUAUGUACUUCGGCAAAGACUCAAAGUAUAACCACUCUCAGCCCAUGUAUCUGAUUGGGGACUCAAACACCAGACGCUGCGCCGAGAUACAUGCUGCACGACAUGUUUUGACGAUCGUAAAGAACGAGAUCAUCCCGGAUCGCAAGGCAGCUUGUGAAGACGCGGAGAAGAGCCUGAUCAACGGCAAGAAGGAAGACGCCGGAGAGAGCCUGGUUAACGGCAAGAAGCCAAGUCCCAAGCACGGUAGCAGGUCCAAGCCCAAGAACAAGAAGAACGGCAGAUCCAAGAAAGCCAACAAGGAAUCCAACGACAGACACCAAAGCGCCGAUGGAUUGUUCGCGGCGCCUCCCACCCCUGAAUACGACCGAGCGCGUGUUGAGGCCACUCCCGCCAACCAGGUUCCAAAGGCUUAUCAUGUUGAGAGACCUUUCGACACUGUCGAGCCUGGACAGCCGCCGGCUCAGGCCAAUCAAGGCUCUGAGGAAGACUCGAUCUGUACAUCUCACACGCCGGAAGCGAAUUCACUCGUCAGCCGCAACUACAACAAUAACGAUUUUCGUCUGAUCAUAGCAACCCAUUCCAAGGAGCUAAUCGACCUCUUUUGCAACCAUAUCGCGCAGUGGAAGUACGAUACGGAAAGGAAGGAAUACCGUCGCCGCGACCGAAAGACCAAGAAGGGGACCAAGAAAGGCGAGGCUGUCCGCAGCAGCGACAUCAUUGCCGACGUACAGAACGAGCUGGACCGCAUGGCAGCAGGCGUGAGCAACGACGUUCGCGUGGCGGUCAACUGGUAUCACAUUCCGGGCAAAAUGAACCAGGAGGCUCGUAAACUGGCAGAUCCCACGUCAGAGAUGUAA